UUUCACCAUUUGGUCACACUUUGUUUGCUGUAAGAAUUUGUCAACAUGGGUGCAUCGGCAGUCUACGAUCCAUUGGAAUUAUUGACAAAUAAAGGCACACGCCAGCCUACAUUUUUGUCGCCAAUAUGGAAUCCAAUGGCCGGCGCAUUGGCCGGCUUUGGCGCUGCGCUAUUCAUGAACUGGGGCCUCCGUAAGCCCGUGUUCUCUGGUGUACAAAAUCAUGUUUUGUUCACACUUAUUGGCGGCGGAGCUGGCUAUUUCCUGGACAAUAAACGCAACGAGUAUCUGGCUAAGCGCGAUGCUGUCCUCCGGCAUUACGUUGAACUGCAUCCCGAUGAUUUUCCAAAGACAGAUCGUAAGAAGUACGGCGAAGUUUUGGAAAGUUGGGUGCCAGUUCGCUAAGAUCACGGUGCUGCUUAGAGGUCUACUGACCAAGCACUGCUUCGAAACACAUUUUAGUUAAUUAAAAGGCUUUAAUUGUAAUACAUAUGAAUAAACAACUGUAAUGAAGGCA